ACACAUCAGUAAAAGUAAAAACCCUUCCACUGUAACUAACAACGAAGACAGUACGGUUCCGACGCCAUGGAAGCUCAACCGGAGCUACCUUCUACUGAAGUAGACACGGAAAUGGAAGUAGAGGACGACCAAAUUCCACCUUCGAAUUCCAAGGACCCGCCUCCAAUUCUCCGCCUCGACCAGUCUGUGGUGAACAGAAUCGCCGCUGGAGAGGUCAUCCAGCGACCGGUCUCCGCCGUGAAAGAGCUUGUGGAGAACAGCCUCGACGCUGGAUCCACCUCAAUCUCCGUCGUUGUCAAAGACGGCGGCCUCAAACUCAUCCAAGUCUCCGAUGAUGGCCACGGCAUUCGCAAAGAGGAUAUGUCAAUAUUAUGCGAGAGACAUACAACAUCCAAGUUGAGUAAGUUUGAGGAUUUGCAAUCAAUCAAAUCAAUGGGGUUCAGAGGAGAGGCAUUGGCUAGCAUGACCUAUGUAGGUCAUGUAACAGUUACCACCAUUACCAAGGGUCAGUUGCAUGGUUACAGGGCAACAUAUAGAGAUGGUGUAAUGGAAGAUGAACCAAAAGCAUGUGCAGCUGUAAAGGGUACUCAAAUAAUGAUUGAAAACUUAUUUUAUAAUAUGGCUGCUCGGAGGAAAACUCUUCAGAACUCUGCUGAUGAUUAUCCAAAAAUUGUGGACCUCAUUAGUAGGUUUGCCAUUCAUCAUACGGAUGUGAGCUUCUCUUGCAGAAAGCACGGAGCUGCUAGAGCUGAUGUUCACUCAGUUGCAACACCCUCAAGACUUGACGCAAUACGAUCAGUUUAUGGCGUGUCAGUUGCGCGAAAUCUGGUCAAAAUUGAUGCUUCUGAUAAUGAUCCAUCAAAUUCAGUUUUUGAGAUGGAUGGAUUCAUUUCCAAUGCUAAUUACAUUGCAAAGAAGAUAACCAUGGUACUCUUCAUCAAUGACAGACUUGUAGAUUGUGGUGCUCUCAAGAGGGCAAUUGAAAUAGUUUAUGGUGCAACAUUGCCUAAAGCAUCAAAACCAUUUGUGUAUAUGUCGAUCACUUUACCCCCUGAGCAUGUUGAUGUGAAUGUCCAUCCCACAAAGAGAGAGGUUAGCCUUUUGAACCAAGAGAUUAUUAUUGAGAAGAUACAAUCUGUGGUAGAAUUGAAGCUGAGAAGUUCCAAUGAGUCAAGGAUAUUCCAAGAGCAGACAAUGGAUCCUUCUUCAUCUAGUCCUUUGGCUACAAGCCAAGAUUCACAAAAAGAUCCCUCCAAAUCUGGGAUAAAAUCACAAAAAACUCCAGUUCAUAAAAUGAUAAGGACAGAUUCACUGGAUCCUGCCGGAAGGUUGCAUGCAUACUUGCAAAUCAAGCCUUCUAAUAAUCCAGAAAGAAGUUCUUGCUUGACAUCUGUGAGGUCUUCUAUUAGACAAAGGAGAAACCCUAAGGAGACUGCUGAUCUUACUAGCAUUCAAGAGCUCAUUAAUGAGUUUGAUUCUACCUGUCAUUCUGGUUUGCUGGACACUAUAAGGCACUGCACAUACAUUGGGAUGGCGGAUGAUGUUUUUGCUCUGCUUCAACACAAUACUAACCUUUAUCUUGCAAAUGUAAUUAACUUGAGCAAAGAGCUCAUGUACCAGCAAGUUUUGACUCGGUUUGCACAUUUUAAUGCCAUCCAAUUAAGUGAGCCAGCCCCAUUAUCAGAGUUGCUAAUGCUUGCUCUGAAAGAAGAAGAUGUGGCUGCAGAAGACAAUGAAAAUGAUGACCUGAAAGAAAAGAUUGCUGAUAUGAAUACAAGUCUGCUCAAGCAAAAGGCUGAAAUGCUUGAGGAGUAUUUUAGCAUCUAUAUUGAUUCAAAUGGUAACCUGUCCAGACUUCCUGUCAUACUGGAUCAGUACACGCCUGACAUGGACCAUGUCCCAGAGUUUGUGCUUUGUCUGGGCAAUGAUAUUGACUGGGAGGAUGAAAAGAAUUGUUUUCAAUCAAUUUCUGCUGCUCUUGCCAACUUCUAUGCCAUGCAUACUCCUUUGCUACCCAAUCCCUCAGGCGAUGGCUCGCAAUUCUACAAGAAGGGGAAAAGUUCAAGCAGUAUUGAUGGGCAAGGAAACUCCUCAAAAACUACUGGGAAUGACACAACGGAGGAUGAAUAUGAAAAUGAUUUACUAUCAGAGGCUGAGAAUGCAUGGGCACAGCGUGAAUGGUCAAUUCAGCAUGUUUUGUUUCCUUCUCUCAGACUCUUCUUCAAGCCCCCAAAUGCAAUGGCUACAAAUGGAACUUUUGUUCAGGUUGCUUCACUGGAGAAGCUUUACAGAAUUUUUGAAAGAUGUUAAGAUGGGUAGCAGAGGAAAUCAAUUGCAUAUUUUGGAAUGUACAGUAGAAAUAUGUGUAGUUGAUUAGUUUGCC